AUGGCUCGCAUUCUCAUCACUGGCUCGGUCGACGGGCUUGGUCUCGAGGCUGCCAGGCAGCUUGUUAACAGAGGACACACCGUAUACCUGCAUGCGCGCAAUGAGCAACGUGCAGUGGACGCCAAAUCUGCGUGCCCGGGUGCCGCCGGGGUGUUGACUGCCGACUUGUCCAGGAUAGAAGACACGCAGAAGCUCUGCGACGAUGCCAACGCAAUUGGUGAUUUUGAUGCUGUCAUCCUCAAUGCUGGAAUCAUGCAGGGUGGCUUUCGGAAGAAUGCGGAUACUGGUGUUCCAGCCUUGGUGUCGGUCAACCUUAUUGCACCUUAUGUGAUGUCCUGUUUGCUGCGUCCACCCAAACGCCUCGUUUUCAUUUCCUCAAACCUGCACCGGUACGCAGACAUGACAAGCAUGGAUGAUAUGUUCUGGUUCAAACGCGGGGAGGCCAGCUACCAAAGUUACCCGGCAUACUGUGAUUCUAAGCUUCAUGUCAUGCUCCUCGCCAAUGCAAUCGCUCGGCGGUUCAGGAACACAUCGGUGACCUCGGUGCAUCCCGGAUGGGUGGCAACCAAGCUUGGCGGACAGGGUGCCCCAGAUAAGGUGGAGGACGGUGUUGAAACGUAUGUCAUGUUAGCCGAAGGGAAUUAUGAUGAACAGAACCUCUCUGGAGGGUAUUUCGAGCCCAAGGGGAAGAUUGGUCAGCCGAUUCCGGCAGCAAGAGAUGAGAAUUUGCAAGAGAAAGUCGUCGAAGCCUGUGAAGAGGUCACUGGCUUGAAACUGCCGGCUUAAAAUGCAGAGCUUUCUAUUGAUGGGAUGACGAACUAUGCCAACGUCUUGACCAAAUUCAC